AUGCAUCCUAUUCUCGACCGUGACCGUUUCCAGAACUGCGAAGACCUCAUCGACGCCCUCGAGGAGUGCCACCGUUCUCCGUUCUUUGAAACCGUACUGGGGAAGUGCAGUGAUGUGAAAAUCCAGCUCUCGCAGUGCUUGCACGAGAACCGGCUUGCCAACGACCGUUUGCAGAUUCUGCAGCGGAAGGAGAAAAACAAGCUGCUGGAGGAGAAGAAAAAGAAGAGAGAGGAAGAGGAGUGGGGCGAAAACGGGUACCUCAAGAAGGUUGUUGAGCUAGAGUACCAGAAGAGGAUGCAGCAGCAGAAC